AUGGAGUUUUCCAAGACCUUUAUGAGAAACUUGCCGAUCACACCAGGCUACAGUGGCUUCGUGCCCUUCCUCAGCUGCCAGGGCACCCCCGGCGAGGACAACAUGUCCCAGUGCCUGAGGAUCUUCCGGGAGAAAACGCAGAAGUACAAAGACCAGCUGGAGGAACUUCGCUGCUCCGUGGCCACUGCCCCGAAACUGAAGCCUGUCUGCUCCCAAGAGUCACUCCUGCAAGCUUUACACGAGUACUACCGGCAGAAUCACCCCAUGAGUCUGGAAUGCAAAAAUGUAAAGAAACCACUGGAGGAACCCCCCGUUCCUGGCUGGGCAGGCUACCUGCCCAGAGCCAAGGUCACGGAACUUGGUUGUGCCACGCGGUACACGGUCAUGGCCAGAAACUGCUACAAGGACUUCCUGGACACAAUUGAACGCACCAAGAGAGGGCGUCUGAAACCAUACAAGGAGUAA